CGUCGUGAAUGCCAAAUCUCACCGCGCUUGCGUCGCCUUGCUUUUCCUUUCUUAUCCCCUUCUUGUGCGUCGAGGAUUGGCAUCGCAUUCUUGACUACUGCCACUCUCUCAUCUCGACUGUGGUGUUGCGGACUGCCAGCCCUCCCCCAUCACCACUCGGCUUCCCCGGAGUCCACAACAACCCGGCUGUUUCCCCCAGCGACCACGCAACUUCCUCGACCUAGAUAAUCACCACCUCGUCGCCGCUCUGCGCACAGCCUGGCAAUAUUGCCGCUGCUCGCCCAUCUCCACCAUGCCCGCAGUACCUGAGCUGCCCAAUGCGAUAGCGCAGCUGGGUAAUGUUGCGCCUCGCGCCUACGGCAGUGACAGCCUACUACCACGCCAGCCUGCCAUUGACAUCGCAGCUAUGGCACAAGAUGUGCGGCGCACAGCACCAAUCGCCAAGCGACAGCAGAUGGUCAUACAGCAAGGCAUAAUACCUACCUACUAUAACCUCUCCGGCCCAGAGCCCGGCACAGUAGUCGGCAUCGUGCUCGGCAGUGUCGCAGGCUUCCUACUCAUCGUCUGGCUGCUCUACUCCCUCACCAAUGGCAGCAAGGCUGGUACAACAACAGCAAUGGCGGGCGAGGAAGAGAUCGUAGUACGUAGACCAAGACGCAACUCGCACGGAAACAGGUCACGGCGCAACUCCCAUGCGCAGAUGCGCGAAGUCAGCAGAAGUCCAAGACAGUCCAGCGGGCGCUCGCAUAUCAUUGUCGAAGAGAGGAGAGCACCACCGCCGCCACAACAGAGGACGAGGAGCAUCAUUGUUGAGGAAAGGCGGAGAGUGCCGAACGAUGAUGUCGUGGAAGUCAUCGAGGAGCAUGAUGAGUACAGGGAAAGGAGAGGCAGCCGGAGGGGUGGAUAUCGGUGAUCAAUGCCACCGACCUAUGCGCCGAUUAGCCGGCGUUUCAACAACACUACUUUCACUGCACUCGACAACACGUCGAGCUGCAACUACCCCAGGAUACGCUUUUACUUGUUCUGGUGUACCCCUUUUAUCAUAUAGCCCCAGGCUCUUUCUGGCAAUGGCAAAAUUGUUGCCGCAUCAUUCGAUUGUACACUAAUUUGAGUGCUCCCCAGCGUUGGCUUUAGCGUGUUUGGUGGGCAUCAUCAUAACCUGACGAGAGAUGUGUUGAAGCACAUGAGCAUGAUGUCCAGAUGAGAGCGAGAAUGUAACGUGCACUAAGGUGCCUAUCUAGCAUAGUAUAUAGCCAGAAUUAUGGUCGCCAGAGACCUUUUACACCGGGCGCGGUUGGC